GAAUAUAUAUAUAUAUAAAUGAAUACAGCUUGUGACUGAAUUUCAAGCCAUUAUUCUUCAAGUUCAUUUUUGGUAAUAGAAGAUGACAGUGAAGGUGGUGCCUAGUUUGAAUGAAGAGAGGUGCCUUGUGGUGAGGGGAAAAGUGGUUCUAACUGAUGUUCCCAAAAACAUUCAGGUUUCUUCAAUUGGCACUGCUGAAUCUGAUUCUGCUGCUUUUUUGGGUGCUACUUCUCAUCUUCCAAGUUCUCGUCAUGUCUUCACUCUUGGCAUUCUCCGGGGAUAUAAGUUACUAUCACUCUUCAGAGUGAAGAUAUGGUGGAUGAUACCAAGGGUUGGAAAAUGUGCAAGUGAUGUUCCAUUGGAGACUCAGUUCUUGCUUCUAGAAGCAAGAGAAGAUUCUGCACUCAAUGGUGAUGAUGAUAAUGAUGAAGAGUUUUGUUCUGAUUCAGAUGAGGAUCCUUCAACAUCACAAAACACAAACUACAUUCUCUUCUUGCCUGUUUUGGAUGGACAAUUUCGUUCAACUUUGCAAGGAACUCAAUCAAAUCAGCUCCAAUUCUGCGUCGAAAGCGGAGAUGCACAUAUCAAAACUUCACAAUCACUAGAAGCUGUAUUUGUAAAUUCAGGAAACAAUCCAUUUGAGUUAGUCAGAAACUCUAUCAAGAUAUUGGAAAAACUCAAAGGAAGUUUUAGUCACAUUGAGCACAAGAAAAUCCCUGCACAUCUUGAUUGGUUUGGAUGGUGCACUUGGGAUGCUUUUUACAAUCAAGUGAGUCCACAAGGAAUAAGAGAGGGCCUUCAAAGUUUCUCAGAAGGAAGUUGUUCACCAAAGUUUCUCAUCAUUGAUGAUGGUUGGCAAGACACAUUCAAUGAGUUUCACAAAGAAGGUGAACCACCAAUUGAAGGAAUACAGUUUGCAACCAGACUAAUAGGCAUGAAAGAAAACAAAAAGUUCAACAAUGCAGACCUUGACAAUUCUUGCAACAAUCUUCACAAUUUUGUUGAUUUCAUCAAACACAACUUUGGACUAAAAUAUGUUUACAUGUGGCAUGCAUUAGCUGGUUACUGGGGAGGAGUAUUCCCAUCAUCAGAAGCUAUGAAGAAAUACAAUCCAAAACUUUCAUAUCCAAUUCAAUCACCUGGAAACACAGGGAACCUUAGAGAUAUAGCCAUGGACAGCCUGCAAAAAUAUGGAGUUGGAAUCAUGGAUCCUGAAAAGCUUCAAGAUUUCUACAAUGACUAUCACAGUUAUCUUGCUAGCUGUGGCGUCGACGGCGUCAAAGUUGAUGUCCAGAAUGUGAUAGAAACCUUAGGCUCUGGCCGUGGCGGACGCGUUUCGCUGACGAAAUGGUAUCAAGAGGCACUAGAGGAAUCUAUAGCCAAGAACUUCAAGGACAAUAACCUCAUUUGUUGCAUGUCUCACAACUCUGAUUCAAUAUACAGUUCAAAGAAGAGUGCAUCAGCAAGAGCAUCUGAAGAUUUCAUGCCAGGAAAGCCAAAACUUCAAACCUUACACAUUGCCUCAGUAUCCUUCAAUAGUCUUCUUGUUGGGGAGAUAUUUGUGUCUGAUUGGGAUAUGUUCCAUAGCAAGCAUGACACUGCUGAGUUCCAUGCUGCAGCAAGAGCAAUAGGUGGUUGUGCAGUAUAUGUAAGUGAUAAGCCUGGAAACCAUGAUUUUGAGAUCCUCAAGAAGUUAGUACUACCUAAUGGAUCAGUCUUGAGAGCAAGAUUCGCCGGCCGCCCGACUCGAGAUUGCUUAUUUAAAGAUCCUGUUAUGGAUGGUAAAAGUUUGCUGAAGAUUUGGAACAUGAACAAGUUCACCGGGGUGGUAGGUGUGUUCAAUUGCCAAGGAGCAGGAAGCUGGCCACUGAAACCAGUUGAUGGAACACCAAAUAACAUAACCUUAUCAGGGAAAGUGAGACCCCUUGAUGUGGAGUUUCUAGAAGAUGUUGCAGGAGAAAACUGGAAUGGAAAUUGUGCAAUAUAUGCCUUCAAUUCAGGUGUUCUUACCAAGCUACAAAACAAAGAAAAACUAGAAGUGACAUUAGAGACUCUUCAAUGUGAAAUAUAUACAGUAUCACCAAUCAGGGUGUUUGGUAAUGAUGUAGAAUUUGCACCAAUAGGAUUGCUUGACAUGUACAAUUCAGGGGGUGCAGUUGAAUAUCUGAACUGCACCAUGGAUGCUGUUAAUGAUGAAGAAUGCAUGGUCAAAAUCAAAACCAGAGGAUGUGGCAGAUUUGGAGCAUACUCUAAUGUUAGACCAAAACGUUGCAUGGUGGAAAUGAAGGAAGAAAAUGAGUUCUUCUACAACCAUGAAAAUGGACUACUCACAAUUAAUCUUGAUGGUAGUGAUUGCAAAUCAAGGGGAAUUGAACUUGUAUACUAACUUGGGCUAAUUUUGCAGUUUACCUUUUUUCUUAACUGCUAAAUCAUGAUACUAAGUGCUUGUUUUGGCACUAUUAUCAGGAUAAAAAAAAUCUUUUUUUGUUGAA